GUGUGGUUAGUAUGUGUUCAGGUGGUGGCCAUUACAGUUUCAUUAGAAUAUGAACAACUCCAUAUUAAAUAAAAGAUGUUUCAGCUGGACAGAAAGACAAGUUGAAUGUGGAAGAACAUUCUAAAACAUAUUUCCUCAUGGAGUAACACAUUGGGAAACGAGUGCUGCUCUUAGUCCAUAAAUCUACUUAUGAAUUCAGAUUGUUGUCAUCUCCUGAGAUAAAACUUACGACGCAGAGAAUGCUUUCACUGGGUGGCUGGCUAGUCGAAUAAGUUCUUGGAUAGACGGCAGGAAUAAAAGGAACUAGAAUGUCAUUACGUAGAUCUUUGUCAUUCUCCAGACCCAGUGAGAAGCAGUGCAGUGUUUCUUUAUUGGAUGGAACAAGCAUUGAUCUACCCUUUAAAGAAGACACCUUUGGCAGUGCUUUGUUCAAUAAAGUGUGCGAACAUCUAUGUCUCAGUGAGAAGGACUACUUUGGCUUGACCUACUCUGACGAAAGGGACAAGGACACCACUGCCACUAAAUACGUGGGCCAUUUAAAAACAAAGCCUUGGUUGAAACUUCACAAGAGGAUCUCAGUACAAAACAAAAAUCUGAAAUGGGAGUUUGAUUUCGCUUUAAAGUUUUAUCCGGACGAUAUUUCAAAGUUAGACAGCAUUACACGGCAUUUCAUUAUCCUUCAACUAAGAAAAGAUUUGUUGAACAAAAGUUUGACCUGCAAGAAAGAUGACUAUGCCUUAGUGUGUGAAUACAAUCCUAAGCGAUCAUUGGAGGAUCUCAUCCCAGUCCAGCCUCAACAUUUGGUAUGGAAAGUCGCAGAGAAACAUAAAUCAAAAGAGGUCAGGGGACUAGAACUCGACAAGGCAAUGGAGAAGUUUCUGGUCAAAGCCAAAGACCUGGGAAUGUACGGUGUUCACCAACAGCUUGUGAAGGGGUCAAUGGCACAAGAAGUUCUUAUCGGCGUUUGUUACAGUGGUCUAGUCAUUUGUAAAAAAACACCUGAGCUGGAACGUAUAAAUUGGCAGACGAUUCACAGACUUUACUACAAAAAUAACAAAUUCUUUAUCAGAAAAAGAUUAGAGAGAGGAGACGAUUCAAAACUAAACUACAAAUUUCCAAGUCACAAACAAGCCAAGCGUUUUUUAAGACUCUGUGCUGAUCACCACGCCUUCUUUAGGUUAAGAAACAAAGAUGUUGAACCAGGUUUAAAUACACCAUGGCUCAAACCCAGGCCUCCAUCGGUUGUCUCAACAACAUCUUCAACAAGUGAAACAAUAUCGAUUACUUCUGCAGUCUCGGAUUCUUCAGAAAGUAGUGCAGUGGUUCUGUUGGAUGACAAUGAUCAGACUCUGUUUUACAAGCCAGUCUACGAUCCUGAUGGAAAGCAGCUGUACAAUAGGCGAGGUAGACCAUUAAACCCCAAAUAUGGUAAUGCCAAGGGCAGACUACUGGUUGAUGAAGAAGGUAUACCUAUACUUGGUCAGGAGGGCAAACCCUUGCAUUAUAAAGAUAAGCAUAAGAUUUUGGGCCUGCCAUUGUUUGACCUUAAUAGACGACCUGUUUGUGACAUUGAAGGCAAUCAGCUAUUUGGUGAGCCCAUCUUUGGUGAGCCAACAGUGGAUGAAAGUGGCAAACCUGUCAUUGAUGUCGAUGGCAAUCCUCUAUUUUCUAGACCUGAUGGCAUACCAAGGAUAGGAAAAGAUUACAAUAGUAUAUUACACUUCUACAAAAGCAGAUCUUUCUUUGAUAAAAAUGCUAACCCACUGCUUGGAAUACCACUUUACGACAAAGAUGAUUUACCAGUGUAUAACAAUGAUGCCAAACCUGUUUACAACAAAGAAGGCAAACUGUUCUAUGAUGAGGAUGGAAAUGUUGUGCUUGAUUUAUUUGGUAAGCCUCUGUACACUAAGCCAGCUUGUGACCCAGACCGAAAGCCACUGCAAGACAAAGAUGGUCAACAAAUGUUUGGUAAGAACUUUAGACCUCUUUACUGGGAUCAAGUGUAUAACAAAAAUGGAAAACCUUAUUCUGGAUUAUUGUACUCACCUGAUGGCAAAGUACAUCCAUAUGAAGAAGACAAGAAGCUGCCCUGUGAUCCAGACAGUAUUCCACUUUAUGAUGAGAAAGGCCAAGCCUUAUUUUACAAACCAGUCUAUAAAGAGAAUGGAAAAAGAAUUUAUGAUGAGAGAGGCAGACCAUUUGAUUCUAAUGAUGGUUUUCUGGGAUUAGGAAAACCUUUGUUUACUAGAGAUGAAAGUCCUUUACUUGAUAAAAAAGGCAGAAGGUUGUAUUACAAAGAUGGUCACAGAGUGAUGGGCAAACCAUUAUAUAACAGUUCUGGCAAAGCUAUAGUUGACAAAAGCAGAAAUCCAUUGUAUGGCAAACCAGUGUAUGGUGUUCCACAAGAACAUCCUUCUAUUGAUAAAGAUGACAAUAUUUUAUAUUUGAGACCAACAAAAGGACAGCCAGUGAGUAAGAGAAAUGGUCAACAGCUGUAUGAUAUAUUAGGCAAACCCCUCCAACACAAGAAUGGAAUACCAUUUUUUGAUAAACAUGGAGAUCAUUUACAUGGCCAGCCAGUAUUUGACAAAGAUAGAAUUCCAAUAUACAAUAAUGACUGCAAGUGUGUUAGUGACAAUGAGGGCCAACAGUUUUACUAUUUUGAUGGAGAGCCAGUCCUUAAAUCUGGAAAACCUUUGUAUCAUAAAGCAGCAUUUGACAAGAACAACAAAAUAUUAUCAGACAAGAAUGGUCACACUUUGUAUGGCAAAGAUGUUAAGCCCCUAUACUGGGAGGAUGUCUAUGAUAAGUAUGGAAAACCAUACUAUGGAGAACUGUAUGAUGUAGAUGGAAACUUGUGUCCCACUGAUACUUGUUUAGAGCUGCCCUGUGAUCCAGACAGUAUUCCACUUUAUGAUGAGAAAGGCCAAGCCUUAUUUUACAAACCAGUCUAUAAAGAGAAUGGAAAAAGAAUUUAUGAUGAGAGAGGCAGACCAUUUGAUUCUAAUGAUGGUUUUCUGGGAUUAGGAAAACCUUUGUUUACUAGAGAUGAAAGUCCUUUACUUGAUAAAAAAGGCAGAAGGUUGUAUUACAAAGAUGGUCACAGAGUGAUGGGCAAACCAUUAUAUAACAGUUCUGGCAAAGCUAUAGUUGACAAAAGCAGAAAUCCAUUGUAUGGCAAACCAGUGUAUGGUGUUCCACAAGAACAUCCUUCUAUUGAUAAAGAUGACAAUAUUUUAUAUUUGAGACCAACAAAAGGACAGCCAGUGAGUAAGAGAAAUGGUCAACAGCUGUAUGAUAUAUUAGGCAAACCCCUCCAACACAAGAAUGGAAUACCAUUUUUUGAUAAACAUGGAGAUCAUUUACAUGGCCAGCCAGUAUUUGACAAAGAUAGAAUUCCAAUAUACAAUAAUGACUGCAAGUGUGUUAGUGACAAUGAGGGCCAACAGUUUUACUAUUUUGAUGGAGAGCCAGUCCUUAAAUCUGGAAAACCUUUGUAUCAUAAAGCAGCAUUUGACAAGAACAACAAAAUAUUAUCAGACAAGAAUGGUCACACUUUGUAUGGCAAAGAUGUUAAGCCCCUAUACUGGGAGGAUGUCUAUGAUAAGUAUGGAAAACCAUACUAUGGAGAACUGUAUGAUGUAGAUGGAAACUUGUGUCCCACUGAUACUUGUUUAGAGCUGCCCUGUGAUCCAGACAGUAUUCCACUUUAUGAUGAGAAAGGCCAAGCCUUAUUUUACAAACCAGUCUAUAAAGAGAAUGGAAAAAGAAUUUAUGAUGAGAGAGGCAGACCAUUUGAUUCUAAUGAUGGUUUUCUGGGAUUAGGAAAACCUUUGUUUACUAGAGAUGAAAGUCCUUUACUUGAUAAAAAAGGCAGAAGGUUGUAUUACAAAGAUGGUCACAGAGUGAUGGGCAAACCAUUAUAUAACAGUUCUGGCAAAGCUAUAGUUGACAAAAGCAGAAAUCCAUUGUAUGGCAAACCAGUGUAUGGUGUUCCACAAGAACAUCCUUCUAUUGAUAAAGAUGACAAUAUUUUAUAUUUGAGACCAACAAAAGGACAGCCAGUGAGUAAGAGAAAUGGUCAACAGCUGUAUGAUAUAUUAGGCAAACCCCUCCAACACAAGAAUGGAAUACCAUUUUUUGAUAAACAUGGAGAUCAUUUACAUGGCCAGCCAGUAUUUGACAAAGAUAGAAUUCCAAUAUACAAUAAUGACUGCAAGUGUGUUAGUGACAAUGAGGGCCAACAGUUUUACUAUUUUGAUGGAGAGCCAGUCCUUAAAUCUGGAAAACCUUUGUAUCAUAAAGCAGCAUUUGACAAGAACAACAAAAUAUUAUCAGACAAGAAUGGUCACACUUUGUAUGGCAAAGAUGUUAAGCCCCUAUACUGGGAGGAUGUCUAUGAUAAGUAUGGAAAACCAUACUAUGGAGAACUGUAUGAUGUAGAUGGAAACUUGUGUCCCACUGAUACUUGUUUAGAGCUGCCCUGUGAUCCAGACAGUAUUCCACUUUAUGAUGAGAAAGGCCAAGCCUUAUUUUACAAACCAGUCUAUAAAGAGAAUGGAAAAAGAAUUUAUGAUGAGAGAGGCAGACCAUUUGAUUCUAAUGAUGGUUUUCUGGGAUUAGGAAAACCUUUGUUUACUAGAGAUGAAAGUCCUUUACUUGAUAAAAAAGGCAGAAGGUUGUAUUACAAAGAUGGUCACAGAGUGAUGGGCAAACCAUUAUAUAACAGUUCUGGCAAAGCUAUAGUUGACAAAAGCAGAAAUCCAUUGUAUGGCAAACCAGUGUAUGGUGUUCCACAAGAACAUCCUUCUAUUGAUAAAGAUGACAAUAUUUUAUAUUUGAGACCAACAAAAGGACAGCCAGUGAGUAAGAGAAAUGGUCAACAGCUGUAUGAUAUAUUAGGCAAACCCCUCCAACACAAGAAUGGAAUACCAUUUUUUGAUAAACAUGGAGAUCAUUUACAUGGCCAGCCAGUAUUUGACAAAGAUAGAAUUCCAAUAUACAAUAAUGACUGCAAGUGUGUUAGUGACAAUGAGGGCCAACAGUUUUACUAUUUUGAUGGAGAGCCAGUCCUUAAAUCUGGAAAACCUUUGUAUCAUAAAGCAGCAUUUGACAAGAACAACAAAAUAUUAUCAGACAAGAAUGGUCACACUUUGUAUGGCAAAGAUGUUAAGCCCCUAUACUGGGAGGAUGUCUAUGAUAAGUAUGGAAAACCAUACUAUGGAGAACUGUAUGAUGUAGAUGGAAACUUGUGUCCCACUGAUACUUGUUUAGAGCUGCCCUGUGAUCCAGACAGUAUUCCACUUUAUGAUGAGAAAGGCCAAGCCUUAUUUUACAAACCAGUCUAUAAAGAGAAUGGAAAAAGAAUUUAUGAUGAGAGAGGCAGACCAUUUGAUUCUAAUGAUGGUUUUCUGGGAUUAGGAAAACCUUUGUUUACUAGAGAUGAAAGUCCUUUACUUGAUAAAAAAGGCAGAAGGUUGUAUUACAAAGAUGGUCACAGAGUGAUGGGCAAACCAUUAUAUAACAGUUCUGGCAAAGCUAUAGUUGACAAAAGCAGAAAUCCAUUGUAUGGCAAACCAGUGUAUGGUGUUCCACAAGAACAUCCUUCUAUUGAUAAAGAUGACAAUAUUUUAUAUUUGAGACCAACAAAAGGACAGCCAGUGAGUAAGAGAAAUGGUCAACAGCUGUAUGAUAUAUUAGGCAAACCCCUCCAACACAAGAAUGGAAUACCAUUUUUUGAUAAACAUGGAGAUCAUUUACAUGGCCAGCCAGUAUUUGACAAAGAUAGAAUUCCAAUAUACAAUAAUGACUGCAAGUGUGUUAGUGACAAUGAGGGCCAACAGUUUUACUAUUUUGAUGGAGAGCCAGUCCUUAAAUCUGGAAAACCUUUGUAUCAUAAAGCAGCAUUUGACAAGAACAACAAAAUAUUAUCAGACAAGAAUGGUCACACUUUGUAUGGCAAAGAUGUUAAGCCCCUAUACUGGGAGGAUGUCUAUGAUAAGUAUGGAAAACCAUACUAUGGAGAACUGUAUGAUGUAGAUGGAAACUUGUGUCCCACUGAUACUUGUUUAGAGCUGCCCUGUGAUCCAGACAGUAUUCCACUUUAUGAUGAGAAAGGCCAAGCCUUAUUUUACAAACCAGUCUAUAAAGAGAAUGGAAAAAGAAUUUAUGAUGAGAGAGGCAGACCAUUUGAUUCUAUUGAUGGUUUUCUGGGAUUAGGAAAACCUUUGUUUACUAGAGAUGAAAGUCCUUUACUUGAUAAAAAAGGCAGGAGGUUGUAUUACAAAGAUGGUCACAGAGUGAUGGGCAAACCAUUAUAUAACAGUUCUGGCAAAGCUAUAGUUGACAAAAGCAGAAAUCCAUUGUAUGGCAAACCAGUGUAUGGUGUUCCACAAGAACAUCCUUCUAUUGAUAAAGAUGACAAUAUUUUAUAUUUGAGACCAACAAAAGGACAGCCAGUGAGUAAGAGAAAUGGUCAACAGCUGUAUGAUAUAUUAGGCAAACCCCUCCAACACAAGAAUGGAAUACCAUUUUUUGAUAAACAUGGAGAUCAUUUACAUGGCCAGCCAGUAUUUGACAAAGAUAGAAUUCCAAUAUACAAUAAUGACUGCAAGUGUGUUAGUGACAAUGAGGGCCAACAGUUUUACUAUUUUGAUGGAGAGCCAGUCCUUAAAUCUGGAAAACCUUUGUAUCAUAAAGCAGCAUUUGACAAGAACAACAAAAUAUUAUCAGACAAGAAUGGUCACACUUUGUAUGGCAAAGAUGUUAAGCCCCUAUACUGGGAGGAUGUCUAUGAUAAGUAUGGAAAACCAUACUAUGGAGAACUGUAUGAUGUAGAUGGAAACUUGUGUCCCACUGAUACUUGUUUAGAGCUGCCCUGUGAUCCAGACAGUAUUCCACUUUAUGAUGAGAAAGGCCAAGCCUUAUUUUACAAACCAGUCUAUAAAGAGAAUGGAAAAAGAAUUUAUGAUGAGAGAGGCAGACCAUUUGAUUCUAAUGAUGGUUUUCUGGGAUUAGGAAAACCUUUGUUUACUAGAGAUGAAAGUCCUUUACUUGAUAAAAAAGGCAGAAGGUUGUAUUACAAAGAUGGUCACAGAGUGAUGGGCAAACCAUUAUAUAACAGUUCUGGCAAAGCUAUAGUUGACAAAAGCAGAAAUCCAUUGUAUGGCAAACCAGUGUAUGGUGUUCCACAAGAACAUCCUUCUAUUGAUAAAGAUGACAAUAUUUUAUAUUUGAGACCAACAAAAGGACAGCCAGUGAGUAAGAGAAAUGGUCAACAGCUGUAUGAUAUAUUAGGCAAACCCCUCCAACACAAGAAUGGAAUACCAUUUUUUGAUAAACAUGGAGAUCAUUUACAUGGCCAGCCAGUAUUUGACAAAGAUAGAAUUCCAAUAUACAAUAAUGACUGCAAGUGUGUUAGUGACAAUGAGGGCCAACAGUUUUACUAUUUUGAUGGAGAGCCAGUCCUUAAAUCUGGAAAACCUUUGUAUCAUAAAGCAGCAUUUGACAAGAACAACAAAAUAUUAUCAGACAAGAAUGGUCACACUUUGUAUGGCAAAGAUGUUAAGCCCCUAUACUGGGAGGAUGUCUAUGAUAAGUAUGGAAAACCAUACUAUGGAGAACUGUAUGAUGUAGAUGGAAACUUGUGUCCCACUGAUACUUGUUUAGAGCUGCCCUGUGAUCCAGACAGUAUUCCACUUUAUGAUGAGAAAGGCCAAGCCUUAUUUUACAAACCAGUCUAUAAAGAGAAUGGAAAAAGAAUUUAUGAUGAGAGAGGCAGACCAUUUGAUUCUAUUGAUGGUUUUCUGGGAUUAGGAAAACCUUUGUUUACUAGAGAUGAAAGUCCUUUACUUGAUAAAAAAGGCAGGAGGUUGUAUUACAAAGAUGGUCACAGAGUGAUGGGCAAACCAUUAUAUAACAGUUCUGGCAAAGCUAUAGUUGACAAAAGCAGAAAUCCAUUGUAUGGCAAACCAGUGUAUGGUGUUCCACAAGAACAUCCUUCUAUUGAUAAAGAUGACAAUAUUUUAUAUUUGAGACCAACAAAAGGACAGCCAGUGAGUAAGAGAAAUGGUCAACAGCUGUAUGAUAUAUUAGGCAAACCCCUCCAACACAAGAAUGGAAUACCAUUUUUUGAUAAACAUGGAGAUCAUUUACAUGGCCAGCCAGUAUUUGACAAAGAUAGAAUUCCAAUAUACAAUAAUGACUGCAAGUGUGUUAGUGACAAUGAGGGCCAACAGUUUUACUAUUUUGAUGGAGAGCCAGUCCUUAAAUCUGGAAAACCUUUGUAUCAUAAAGCAGCAUUUGACAAGAACAACAAAAUAUUAUCAGACAAGAAUGGUCACACUUUGUAUGGCAAAGAUGUUAAGCCCCUAUACUGGGAGGAUGUCUAUGAUAAGUAUGGAAAACCAUACUAUGGAGAACUGUAUGAUGUAGAUGGAAACUUGUGUCCCACUGAUACUUGUUUAGAGCUGCCCUGUGAUCCAGACAGUAUUCCACUUUAUGAUGAGAAAGGCCAAGCCUUAUUUUACAAACCAGUCUAUAAAGAGAAUGGAAAAAGAAUUUAUGAUGAGAGAGGCAGACCAUUUGAUUCUAAUGAUGGUUUUCUGGGAUUAGGAAAACCUUUGUUUACUAGAGAUGAAAGUCCUUUACUUGAUAAAAAAGGCAGAAGGUUGUAUUACAAAGAUGGUCACAGAGUGAUGGGCAAACCAUUAUAUAACAGUUCUGGCAAAGCUAUAGUUGACAAAAGCAGAAAUCCAUUGUAUGGCAAACCAGUGUAUGGUGUUCCACAAGAACAUCCUUCUAUUGAUAAAGAUGACAAUAUUUUAUAUUUGAGACCAACAAAAGGACAGCCAGUGAGUAAGAGAAAUGGUCAACAGCUGUAUGAUAUAUUAGGCAAACCCCUCCAACACAAGAAUGGAAUACCAUUUUUUGAUAAACAUGGAGAUCAUUUACAUGGCCAGCCAGUAUUUGACAAAGAUAGAAUUCCAAUAUACAAUAAUGACUGCAAGUGUGUUAGUGACAAUGAGGGCCAACAGUUUUACUAUUUUGAUGGAGAGCCAGUCCUUAAAUCUGGAAAACCUUUGUAUCAUAAAGCAGCAUUUGACAAGAACAACAAAAUAUUAUCAGACAAGAAUGGUCACACUUUGUAUGGCAAAGAUGUUAAGCCCCUAUACUGGGAGGAUGUCUAUGAUAAGUAUGGAAAACCAUACUAUGGAGAACUGUAUGAUGUAGAUGGAAACUUGUGUCCCACUGAUACUUGUUUAGAGCUGCCCUGUGAUCCAGACAGUAUUCCACUUUAUGAUGAGAAAGGCCAAGCCUUAUUUUACAAACCAGUCUAUAAAGAGAAUGGAAAAAGAAUUUAUGAUGAGAGAGGCAGACCAUUUGAUUCUAAUGAUGGUUUUCUGGGAUUAGGAAAACCUUUGUUUACUAGAGAUGAAAGUCCUUUACUUGAUAAAAAAGGCAGAAGGUUGUAUUACAAAGAUGGUCACAGAGUGAUGGGCAAACCAUUAUAUAACAGUUCUGGCAAAGCUAUAGUUGACAAAAGCAGAAAUCCAUUGUAUGGCAAACCAGUGUAUGGUGUUCCACAAGAACAUCCUUCUAUUGAUAAAGAUGACAAUAUUUUAUAUUUGAGACCAACAAAAGGACAGCCAGUGAGUAAGAGAAAUGGUCAACAGCUGUAUGAUAUAUUAGGCAAACCCCUCCAACACAAGAAUGGAAUACCAUUUUUUGAUAAACAUGGAGAUCAUUUACAUGGCCAGCCAGUAUUUGACAAAGAUAGAAUUCCAAUAUACAAUAAUGACUGCAAGUGUGUUAGUGACAAUGAGGGCCAACAGUUUUACUAUUUUGAUGGAGAGCCAGUCCUUAAAUCUGGAAAACCUUUGUAUCAUAAAGCAGCAUUUGACAAGAACAACAAAAUAUUAUCAGACAAGAAUGGUCACACUUUGUAUGGCAAAGAUGUUAAGCCCCUAUACUGGGAGGAUGUCUAUGAUAAGUAUGGAAAACCAUACUAUGGAGAACUGUAUGAUGUAGAUGGAAACUUGUGUCCCACUGAUACUUGUUUAGAGCUGCCCUGUGAUCCAGACAGUAUUCCACUUUAUGAUGAGAAAGGCCAAGCCUUAUUUUACAAACCAGUCUAUAAAGAGAAUGGAAAAAGAAUUUAUGAUGAGAGAGGCAGACCAUUUGAUUCUAUUGAUGGUUUUCUGGGAUUAGGAAAACCUUUGUUUACUAGAGAUGAAAGUCCUUUACUUGAUAAAAAAGGCAGGAGGUUGUAUUACAAAGAUGGUCACAGAGUGAUGGGCAAACCAUUAUAUAACAGUUCUGGCAAAGCUAUAGUUGACAAAAGCAGAAAUCCAUUGUAUGGCAAACCAGUGUAUGGUGUUCCACAAGAACAUCCUUCUAUUAAUAAAGAUGACAAUAUUUUAUAUUUGAGACCAACAAAAGGACAGCCAGUGAGUAAGAGAAAUGGUCAACAGCUGUAUGAUAUAUUAGGCAAACCCCUCCAACACAAGAAUGGAAUACCAUUUUUUGAUAAACAUGGAGAUCAUUUACAUGGCCAGCCAGUAUUUGACAAAGAUAGAAUUCCAAUAUACAAUAAUGACUGCAAGUGUGUUAGUGACAAUGAGGGCCAACAGUUUUACUAUUUUGAUGGAGAGCCAGUCCUUAAAUCUGGAAAACCUUUGUAUCAUAAAGCAGCAUUUGACAAGAACAACAAAAUAUUAUCAGACAAGAAUGGUCACACUUUGUAUGGCAAAGAUGUUAAGCCCCUAUACUGGGAGGAUGUCUAUGAUAAGUAUGGAAAACCAUACUAUGGAGAACUGUAUGAUGUAGAUGGAAACUUGUGUCCCACUGAUACUUGUUUAGAGCUGCCCUGUGAUCCAGACAGUAUUCCACUUUAUGAUGAGAAAGGCCAAGCCUUAUUUUACAAACCAGUCUAUAAAGAGAAUGGAAAAAGAAUUUAUGAUGAGAGAGGCAGACCAUUUGAUUCUAUUGAUGGUUUUCUGGGAUUAGGAAAACCUUUGUUUACUAGAGAUGAAAGUCCUUUACUUGAUAAAAAAGGCAGGAGGUUGUAUUACAAAGAUGGUCACAGAGUGAUGGGCAAACCAUUAUAUAACAGUUCUGGCAAAGCUAUAGUUGACAAAAGCAGAAAUCCAUUGUAUGGCAAACCAGUGUAUGGUGUUCCACAAGAACAUCCUUCUAUUAAUAAAGAUGACAAUAUUUUAUAUUUGAGACCAACAAAAGGACAGCCAGUGAGUAAGAGAAAUGGUCAACAGCUGUAUGAUAUAUUAGGCAAACCCCUCCAACACAAGAAUGGAAUACCAUUUUUUGAUAAACAUGGAGAUCAUUUACAUGGCCAGCCAGUAUUUGACAAAGAUAGAAUUCCAAUAUACAAUAAUGACUGCAAGUGUGUUAGUGACAAUGAGGGCCAACAGUUUUACUAUUUUGAUGGAGAGCCAGUCCUUAAAUCUGGAAAACCUUUGUAUCAUAAAGCAGCAUUUGACAAGAACAACAAAAUAUUAUCAGACAAGAAUGGUCACACUUUGUAUGGCAAAGAUGUUAAGCCCCUAUACUGGGAGGAUGUCUAUGAUAAGUAUGGAAAACCAUACUAUGGAGAACUGUAUGAUGUAGAUGGAAACUUGUGUCCCACUGAUACUUGUUUAGAGCUGCCCUGUGAUCCAGACAGUAUUCCACUUUAUGAUGAGAAAGGCCAAGCCUUAUUUUACAAACCAGUCUAUAAAGAGAAUGGAAAAAGAAUUUAUGAUGAGAGAGGCAGACCAUUUGAUUCUAAUGAUGGUUUUCUGGGAUUAGGAAAACCUUUGUUUACUAGAGAUGAAAGUCCUUUACUUGAUAAAAAAGGCAGAAGGUUGUAUUACAAAGAUGGUCACAGAGUGAUGGGCAAACCAUUAUAUAACAGUUCUGGCAAAGCUAUAGUUGACAAAAGCAGAAAUCCAUUGUAUGGCAAACCAGUGUAUGGUGUUCCACAAGAACAUCCUUCUAUUGAUAAAGAUGACAAUAUUUUAUAUUUGAGACCAACAAAAGGACAGCCAGUGAGUAAGAGAAAUGGUCAACAGCUGUAUGAUAUAUUAGGCAAACCCCUCCAACACAAGAAUGGAAUACCAUUUUUUGAUAAACAUGGAGAUCAUUUACAUGGCCAGCCAGUAUUUGACAAAGAUAGAAUUCCAAUAUACAAUAAUGACUGCAAGUGUGUUAGUGACAAUGAGGGCCAACAGUUUUACUAUUUUGAUGGAGAGCCAGUCCUUAAAUCUGGAAAACCUUUGUAUCAUAAAGCAGCAUUUGACAAGAACAACAAAAUAUUAUCAGACAAGAAUGGUCACACUUUGUAUGGCAAAGAUGUUAAGCCCCUAUACUGGGAGGAUGUCUAUGAUAAGUAUGGAAAACCAUACUAUGGAGAACUGUAUGAUGUAGAUGGAAACUUGUGUCCCACUGAUACUUGUUUAGAGCUGCCCUGUGAUCCAGACAGUAUUCCACUUUAUGAUGAGAAAGGCCAAGCCUUAUUUUACAAACCAGUCUAUAAAGAGAAUGGAAAAAGAAUUUAUGAUGAGAGAGGCAGACCAUUUGAUUCUAUUGAUGGUUUUCUGGGAUUAGGAAAACCUUUGUUUACUAGAGAUGAAAGUCCUUUACUUGAUAAAAAAGGCAGGAGGUUGUAUUACAAAGAUGGUCACAGAGUGAUGGGCAAACCAUUAUAUAACAGUUCUGGCAAAGCUAUAGUUGACAAAAGCAGAAAUCCAUUGUAUGGCAAACCAGUGUAUGGUGUUCCACAAGAACAUCCUUCUAUUGAUAAAGAUGACAAUAUUUUAUAUUUGAGACCAACAAAAGGACAGCCAGUGAGUAAGAGAAAUGGUCAACAGCUGUAUGAUAUAUUAGGCAAACCCCUCCAACACAAGAAUGGAAUACCAUUUUUUGAUAAACAUGGAGAUCAUUUACAUGGCCAGCCAGUAUUUGACAAAGAUAGAAUUCCAAUAUACAAUAAUGACUGCAAGUGUGUUAGUGACAAUGAGGGCCAACAGUUUUACUAUUUUGAUGGAGAGCCAGUCCUUAAAUCUGGAAAACCUUUGUAUCAUAAAGCAGCAUUUGACAAGAACAACAAAAUAUUAUCAGACAAGAAUGGUCACACUUUGUAUGGCAAAGAUGUUAAGCCCCUAUACUGGGAGGAUGUCUAUGAUAAGUAUGGAAAACCAUACUAUGGAGAACUGUAUGAUGUAGAUGGAAACUUGUGUCCCACUGAUACUUGUUUAGAGCUGCCCUGUGAUCCAGACAGUAUUCCACUUUAUGAUGAGAAAGGCCAAGCCUUAUUUUACAAACCAGUCUAUAAAGAGAAUGGAAAAAGAAUUUAUGAUGAGAGAGGCAGACCAUUUGAUUCUAUUGAUGGUUUUCUGGGAUUAGGAAAACCUUUGUUUACUAGAGAUGAAAGUCCUUUACUUGAUAAAAAAGGCAGGAGGUUGUAUUACAAAGAUGGUCACAGAGUGAUGGGCAAACCAUUAUAUAACAGUUCUGGCAAAGCUAUAGUUGACAAAAGCAGAAAUCCAUUGUAUGGCAAACCAGUGUAUGGUGUUCCACAAGAACAUCCUUCUAUUGAUAAAGAUGACAAUAUUUUAUAUUUGAGACCAACAAAAGGACAGCCAGUGAGUAAGAGAAAUGGUCAACAGCUGUAUGAUAUAUUAGGCAAACCCCUCCAACACAAGAAUGGAAUACCAUUUUUUGAUAAACAUGGAGAUCAUUUACAUGGCCAGCCAGUAUUUGACAAAGAUAGAAUUCCAAUAUACAAUAAUGACUGCAAGUGUGUUAGUGACAAUGAGGGCCAACAGUUUUACUAUUUUGAUGGAGAGCCAGUCCUUAAAUCUGGAAAACCUUUGUAUCAUAAAGCAGCAUUUGACAAGAACAACAAAAUAUUAUCAGACAAGAAUGGUCACACUUUGUAUGGCAAAGAUGUUAAGCCCCUAUACUGGGAGGAUGUCUAUGAUAAGUAUGGAAAACCAUACUAUGGAGAACUGUAUGAUGUAGAUGGAAACUUGUGUCCCACUGAUACUUGUUUAGAGAUUAUGGAUCCAGAUAGCAUCCCAUUGUUUGAUGAGCAUGGCACGGCUUUAUUUGAUCAACCAAUGUUCAAUGAGGACAAAAAAAGAAUUUAUGAUGAAUAUGGCAGACCAUGUAACCCAACAGACUCUAGACAUGCCACUGGAAAGCUCCUAGUUCAAAAAGAUGGAACACCUCUAUUAGAUGGCAAUAAAAAACCUUUGUUUUUUAAGGAUGGCCACAGAGUAGUGGGAAAACCUUUAUAUGACAACAAUGGUAACCUUAUUUUUGACAAGAACUUAAGCCCUUUGUAUGGUAAACCAGUGUAUGGUGUGGUUGGGGUUGGCAAAUUGAGUGAAAGGCUAUUGGACUGCAGUAACAAGCCCAUGUAUUUGCGACCAGUUAAUAAGCAACCAGUCUGUGACAAAAAUGGUCUACAGCUUCGAGAUAAAACAGGCGAGCUAAUUGUACAUAAGGAUGGAAUUCCAUUUUUUGAUAAAAAUGGGGAGCAUUUACAUGGUCAGCCAGUAUUUGACAAAGAUGAGAAUCCACUUUAUAAUUAUGAUGGGAGAGGUGCUUAUGACAUUGAUGGGCACCUUUUUUAUUAUGUUGAUGGACAACCAGUCAUUGACAAGCAUGGAAAUCCCCUGUUUGACAAGCCAGCUUAUGACAAAGAUAAAAAACAAUUGUUAGACAAAAGUGGGAAAACCUUGUAUGGAAAAGACUUUAGACCACUCUACUGGGAAGAUGUCUAUGACAAGGAUGGCAAACCAUUCUCUGGAGAACUAUUUUAUCCAGUAUGUACUUCCAUAAAAGUUCAACAGCGGGGCACUAAAGAAGACAGAAGUUCAUCCACAUCUGAUAAAAAAGGACUUAUCACAUUAUAUUUCUAUGAUGGUCAACUUGCAACAGCAGGAGGUAUCUGUGGUGAAAGGAACCCUCAACUUGGUUCAAAGGAAAAGAACAAAGCCACAAAAAAAGCUAAAACAGUUGUUCCUGUUGAGAAGAUUCCAGAAGAUUUUGAUCAUACUGCUGCCUUAUUGAAAGCUAUUAGUCAUGUAACAGAAUUUAAUCCUGACUUGUCUUUGGAGAGAAUUGAAUACUCAAAAAAGGAUUUAAUGAUUCUACCAGAAAAUUCAUAACUAGUCCAAGCCUUGUGAGAGUUUCAAGAAGAUCUUAACAUAGACCAUAUACAUGAAUACUUCAUUUUCUGAAUGUCCGUUUUGGAUUGCUUAGUAACAAUGUAGUUUAAAAAUAUCAAAGAAAGUUACAUGAAUUAUAAAUAAUUAUUGAUAAAUACCCCCUUGUCUUUAAACUUAAAAGCAUAUAAACUCUCAGCCUUUUAAAGUUGUUUUUAAUUCAAUUCACAUUUUUUAAAACAUUAAAUCAAUGAAUAAGAUUAGAAUCCAAUCCAUCUCUAGGUAAAGAAAUUUAAGGAAAACAGAAAAGUGCAGAGGAUAUUCUGUUUAGGAAACCAAUUCCUAUAGUAAUACAUUGGAAUCAUUUUGAUGAAAGAAUUGGGAUUUAGAUUUUCACAGUGCAAAGAUCCUAAAUACAUUUUGUAGUCUGUUAAUGUGUGAACAAUUAGUUUCUAAUUUGUGUGUCUCUUAAUGUGUGAACAAUUAGUUUCUAAUUUGUGUGUCUCUUAAUGUGUGAACAAUUAGUUUCUAAUUUGUGUGUUUCUCAAUGUGUGAACAAUUAGUUUCUAAUUUGUGUGUGUCUCAAUGUGUGAACAAUUAGUUUCUAAUUUGUGUGUGUCUCAAUGUGUGAACAAUUAGUUUCUAAUUUGUGUGUGUCUCAAUGUGUGAACAAUUAGUUUCUAAUUUGUGUGUGUCUCAAUGUGUGAACAAUUAGUUUCUAAUUUGUGUGUGUGUCUAAAGGGUGAACAGUUGGGUUUUAUUUUAGUUUGUUUUUUAUAUACAUAUUUUAUUUUGCUGUUGUUUUGUUUUUUGCUUUCUGGCCUUCUUCUAAAUGGAAUCAUUCUUAAUGUUGAUUUGUGCCAUUCAUUAUCACCUCAUUAAUACAUUGCAAGUUUAUUGUAUUCUUGAUAUUUUUAACAGAUUUUGUUAUAUCAGCUAGUACCUAUAGUUAAUAAGGAACCUGCAGCUACAGCUCAUUAUCAAAUAGCAGCUACAGCUCUUUAUUAAAUAGCAGCUAAAGCUCAUUAUUAACUAGGAGCUACAGCUCAUUAUCAACUAGCAGCUACAGUUAUUAUUAACUAGGAGCUACAGCACAUACGGAUUGCCUUUCAACUACUUCCCUACAACUAUGUAGGACUAACUAACAUAGUAUUGAAGAAUUGUGUUUUUGCUUAUUUCCAAAACUGAUUUAUCUUGAACGGUUGAGUGCAAUAUUUCAAUACACAGAGCAGAUUGCACAUUUAGACACACCUUAUCUAUUUUGUGCACUGGUCUAUUUUGUGCACACUAAGAAACAUCUGAUCUAUUAUGUGCACAUGUUUAUUAUGAGUUCAACCUUGUCAUACGUGUAGUUACAAAUCUGUUUUGAGUUUUAAUAUAAAUUCAGAAUAUAAUAUUGCAAGAAAAUGAUGCAAGAAUUUUGUUGUUUUUAAACUUAUAAGUGGGGAGGGGGGGUACAGUAAUCUUGGACAUGUGAAUCUGGAGGGUAUGUAGGACUAACUAACAUAGUAUUGAAGAAAUGUGUUUUUGCUUAUUUCCAAAACUGUAUCUUGAACUACUGCAAAUGCUAUUAUGCUUGUACACAUUUAUCAAAAAGCUUUAAGAAUAUUUUUUUCACUGGCUCAUAGUAAUAUUAUUAUGAGAUCAAUAAACCAUGUUACAGCCAUUGAUAAUAAUGCAAAAAAAAAACACAACAACUUGUUAUGGUGAUUUUAAUGCUAAUUAUAAUGUUAUUAUAAUCUACCAUGUUAUGUGAUUGUAUUUUGAUAGAGCGUGUCUUAAUGUCAAUAAAACACAAUCCUCAA